AUGUACCGUGUGCUUGUUCCCUCACCUCCCCCAGAUCGAGGCUCCAAGCCUCCCCCCAGGAUCCAGGGUGCGCAGCCACCGAGCAGCCUGCUGGCUCUGGCCCUGGCCUGCGUCCUGGUGCUGGCUGGUGUGACCCUUGCUUGCCUCUUCAGACUGGGCAUCCAGCAGCUGCAGCUGGCGCGGGGCUCCCACUGGAUCCUGCUGACAGCCCAGGAGCUCACCUUCAUCCAUCUGCCCUCGAGCACACAGACGCGGGAGCUGUGGCACAAGAACCUGGCCACCUGCCUGGGCUUCUUCGUGGCCCCCGGGCUCUGCAUGGUGGUUCUGGAGCACUGUGCCUGGGGCAGCCUGGAGGACCUGCCGUGGAACGAGGCUCUGCCGCUGGGGUGGACCUUCAAGGCCUCACUCCUGCUGGUCUUGCUCCACGGCGGGCGGUAUCUGCACCAUCGACAUUUCCCUCACGGCCGCCUCAAGUCCCGAAACGUGGUGGAUGGACGCUUUGUACUGAAGGUCACUGACCAUGGUUACGCGGAGCUCCUGGAGGCUCAGGGGGCUCCCCGCUCCUGGCUGGCCCCAGAAGAGCUGCUGUGGACGGCUCCGGAGCUGGUGCAGGGGCCCGGGAUACCCGGGCGGGGCACCCUGAGAGGAGACGUCUUCAGCAUCAGCAUCAUCCUGCAGGAGGUGCUCACUCGAGGCUCGCCCUACUGCUCCUUGGGGCUCUCGGCAGAAGAAAUCAUCAGGAGGGUGGCGUCUCCCCAUCCCCUGUGCUGGCCACGGGUGUCUCCUGACCACAUGCCACCUGAGUGCAUCCGGCUGAUGGAGCAGUGCUGGGAGGAGGCCCCUGAGGACAGACCCAGCCUGGACCAGACCUACCCCCAGUUCAAAAGCAUCAAUCAAGGCAACAAGACCAGUCCUGCUGACUCUAUGCCGCGGAUGCUGGAGAAGUAUUCCCAGAGCCUGGAGGACCUGGUCCGGGAGCGGACUGAGGAGCUGGAGCUGGAGAGGCAGAGGACAGAGAGCCUGCUCUUCCAGAUGCUCCCUCCCUCUAAAAUGGGGGCAACCAUGGAGCCGGAGCACUUUGACCAGGUUACCACAUACUUUAGCGACGUCGUGGGGUUCACCAUCAUCUCGGCCCUGAGUGAGCCCGUUGAGGUGGCAGCCUUGCUCAACACCCUCUACACGCUGUUCCAUGCUGUUCGCAGCCACGACGUGUAUAAGGUGAAGACCAUCGGGGACGCCUACAUGGUGGCAUUGGGGCUGCCCCGGCACAACCGGAGCCGGCAUGCGGCUGAGCUCGCCAACAUGGCCCUGGACACCCUCAGCUCUGUGGGCGACUUCCGGAUGAGGCAUGCGCCCACCGUGCCCGUUCGCAUCAGGGCUGGCCUGCACUCAGAUAUGGGCAGGGGCCGGGGGCUCUGCAUGGUGGGUGUCGUGGGGCUCACGGGCCUCUUUGGGGACACUGUUAACACUGCAUCCCGGAUGGAGUGCACGGGGCUGUCGUACAGAAUUCACGUCAGCAGGAGCACAGUCUAGACACUGCUCAGCCUGGAUGAAGCCUACAGAAUUGACGCCAGAGGCCAGACGGAGACGAAGGGCCAGGGGGUGGAGGAGGAGACCUGGCUGGCGGGGAAGGCAGGCUACCCCAGACCCCUCCCCACACAUACGGACGUCAAACCUGGGGACCCUUGGCAAGACCUCAUAAACCAAGAAAUCAAGAUGGCCUUUGCCCAAGCCCACCAGUGCCCAGCCAGGCCCUGGAGCUUGGGGAAGGCCUCGGCUGGACCCUGAGGAGAGGGACAGGGUGGGGCAGGGGCCUGUGCCAGCCAGACUCUUGCGCCUGCACACCCUCAACCCCUCCCCGCUCCAUUCCCCUCAAAGAAUCCUCUCGCUGAGCUCCUCAAGCCAACUGGGUGCUCAUUAGCAAGUGCGCUGGAGCGACAGUAAUGGAUGCGUUCCGGUAUGACUCCUAGGGGCAAACUUGCCUCUUGACGCAAAAACAAUAAAAAUAGA